AUGAGCGACUACGCGCCCCCAACAGGCCCUCCACCACCUCGAGUUCCAGAAGGCUGGAAAGCAAUAUGGAAUGCGCAGUAUUCCCAAUACUUCUACGUCAAUCUGUACACCAAAGAAUCAACGUGGGAGGUCCCAACAGGACCGGCGCCAAACCCACAUGCCGAGCACUCACUAGACGCACCACCUUCGUACAUACCUGGUGAAAACGCACAUGCAUACGCAGGAUCAGACAUCAAGAAGACCGGUAGUCCACUACCAGGACAGACGUCAUCAAACAGCAACAACCCAUAUCAACAGAAUAUUGGAGAAAGUGACGAAGCAAUGGCGCGACGUCUGCAGGAAGAAGAGAAUGCACGCCGCGCAGCUGGUGGCGAUCGUGGCUCGUCUGACGGCUACUACCAGGGCGGUAGCACAGGCAACUACCCCAAUCAACCGAAUUACCAGUCGCAACAGUACCAGAGUACUUCACCUCAGUACACAGAUACAUCGGCAUCGAAAGGCAAAUCUGGUGGUCUUCUAGGAAAGCUGAAAGACAAGCUCGCCGUGCCAGCUGGUGGUCACCGUCCUAUGGGUGGUGCGCCGAUGAUGGGCUAUGGGGCUGGUGGCUACCCGUCUCAUCAGUCAGGGUACGGCGGAUAUCCACAGCAGGGCUACGGUGGACAUGGCUAUGGUGGGCAUGGCUAUGGCCAGCCAAUGUAUGGUGGUGGUCACGGUAUGAUGGGAGGUAUGGGUGGUAUGGGCCGAAAGAAGCCAGGAAUGGGUAUGGGAGGAGCCGCUGCUCUUGGAGUGGGUGGAGGAUUGAUAGGCGGAAUGAUGCUUGCAGAUGGCAUCGAUGACAUGCAGGACAAUGCUUAUGAUCAGGGUUACGAUCAGGGUAUGGACGAUGGUGGUGACAUGGGAGAUAUGGGAGAUAUGGGUGGUGAAUAA